GUUUAAGCCUAAAAUGGUGCUCCAGAAAAUAUAAUGCGGGUAUAGCCAGCCGAACCGAACAACUCUUCCUCAUCCUUCUGGGAAGAAAUGAAGCAGCUUCCAACGCUGCUGAUGAAGUCCCUUUCAGUUUAUUCCUUACCACCUACCACAUCCACCCUUCAACAAAUUGCUUCCCAUCAACCCAAAGGUGUUGCAAAGGUUGUACUGAAAAAGGGGAAGACACAACUCUUUAAGGAUGGAAACCCAAUGGUGUACAGUGGAGCUGUUGAUAGAAUAAUUGGGAGGCCGCCUCCUAAGACUGGAGAUAUUGUUCUAGUAGCAGAUGGGACUGAGAAACCAAUUGGAUGGGGCUUGUACAACUCAGUUUCUAUGUUCUGUGUUCGGCUUAUGCAGCUUGAAGAUGAAGUUACCAGUGAUUCAUCUUGUGCAUUGAGUAUGGAGAAACUGCUGGAAACAAGAAUUGAUGCAGCAGUUGAAUUGCGUAGAAGGUUGGGUCUUCCAUCAGUCCAUACAAAUGCAUAUCGUCUAAUCAAUAGUGAGGGUGACAGAUUAUCUGGAUUGAUAAUUGACGUCUUUGGAGAUGUAGCUGUAGUAGCAUCAUCUGCUGCCUGGGUUGAGAAAUACAAAUCAGAGAUAGAAGCUUGCAUCAGGAAAAUCAACUAUAUCAAUCACAUAAAUUGGAGGCCAUCUGUUGAUAUUUUAAAGGAAGAUGGAGUUAAUGUGUCUGAUAUGAAGAAAAUGCACUCGUCUACAUGUCCUGAAAGAACGAAGAUUUUGGAAAAUGGAAUUGUAUACGCAAUUUCACUCAAGGGCCAGAAGACAGGAUUCUAUGCAGAUCAGCGUGAGAAUCGCCAGUUUAUAUCAAAAAUUUCAGAUGGUCAAAAGGUUCUUGAUCUUUGUUGCUACAGUGGUGGUUUUUCUCUAAAUGCUGUGCGUGGAGGUGCACUAAAUGUCACUGGCAUUGACACAUCGCUGCCAGCUCUGGAGCUUGCUAAGGAAAAUGUUAUACUUAACAACAUUGAUCCUGGAAGAAUUUCAUUUUUGAGAGAAGAUGCAACUGAAUUUAUGAAGGGUGCUCUCUUAAAAGAUGAAUCCUGGGAUAUUGUCAUCAUUGAUCCUCCUAAACUGGCACCAACCAAAAAGGUUCUACACGGUGCAUCUGGUAUGUACAGAAAUUUAAAUUCGCUUGCGAUGCAACUUACAAAAAGAGGUGGUCUUCUAAUGACCUGUUCCUGCUCUGGAGCUGUGACCCAAAGUGGGAUAUUCCUGCGUAUCCUUCAGGGUGCAGCAUCUAUGGCAGGUAGGAAAAUCACCAUUCUAAGACAGGCUGGUGCAGCUUAUGAUCAUCCGAUUGAUCCAACAUACCCGGAAGGCGCAUACCUAUCCAACAUUCUAUUAAGAGUUUCAUAAGUGUUUUAUUUGGAAGUUGCUUUCAUUUUAAUUUUUUCUUUGUAAUUCUAUAUUUUAAUGCAACUCUGCAAAAUUUCCUUUCAUUAUAAUCAGAGAAGAAAUGUGUUUCACUGAAAUUAAUCAAGAAAAACUAGGGAUAUGUUUAGUUAUUUUUUAUUGUCAAACUAAAUUAAGUAAUCGUUGAAAUUGAAAGCUAACUACUCAGAUGCAUAGGGUAGAUCCUUAGCUUAGCAAAAUAUUGCAAUAAAUAGUUUUUUCAUUGCUCUCCAACUUUAGAGCCAGUUUGUACCAAAAUCAGAUCGAUUUUAGUGAAAGGAACUUUAUUGAUGGGGUUCAACAUGUUUCGAUUUUCAUCAUCAUGUCUAGAAUCGAUUGCAGGGUUCUAAACAGGAAUUCAAACAGACCGUAUAUGUUCCUGAAUAUCGUUUUCCAGCAAAAAAUAGCACCUGUUUCCUACACACUUUGGAUUCAUUAUAUAGCAUGUUUGCAUUCGUGUUCAAAAGUCUACGUUUACUUUAAUAUUACUAAUUAUAGUUUUUGUACUAGAUUUAUGUUAACAAUAUUUCUAAUGUGUUUCAAGUGGCAUGAGGCAACAUAAUCUAUUGGAUAGACUUCAUCCAUUCAUCAGUUUAUGUUCUGAAAUUUGAUUGAAUGCAGUGAGCGCCGCUUGUUUUGACUGUAGAGUGUCUAGGUAAGUUGGCUCGAGAGUCAUCAACAAUGGUCUAAACCCAGCCAUGGUAAGUUGUUCCCUAUGAUUAUGGGGUUGAUUACACAACAGAUAUUGCACAAGUUUAGCUAUUCCUCCAAGCUGCUAGCCUCACUAGAGCUUGAGAUGUCAGCUAACAGAACUACUACGCCCUUGUUGAUACUUUGCUGCAUCCAAACAGAAACUAAGAAAUCAGAACUUUAGAGUUUUCUGUAGAAGAAAAAAAUGUAAUAUUUCAUUAAUUCUCAAAGAGAAGUACAUGAGUAUUUAUAUGGAGUUUCUCUCUCAGCUACAGAUGAUUGAAUGUAAAAAUUAUUAGUUAUGCUGACUAACAAAAGUUACGCUACUGUUAUAUAAGUAGCUGAUAA